AUGGAUGCGGAUCAUAACUGCAUUGGUCGAUUUCUUCGUCUGAAAGUGAAUAUCAACAUAAAGCAACCACUGAUACGUGUUCUUCACUUCGAUCACGAAGGAAAGGAAAUUAAGAUUCCCUUGCAGUAUGAGAGAUUGGCUGAAUGGUGCUACCACUAUGGUAUUAUUGGGCAUGUUGAAUAUGGUUGUCCAACAAAGUCUCCAAAUUCCGGCGGUUCUUCAAGUCCCCCAGUCCCCCUGAAGAUGGUCCAUGGCUCAAGGCUAAAGGAUACAAGAAUCCAUUUGUUUCAUGGAGGCCAGCCACAGCAAGACCCUUUCCAUGUUUCUAAAGAUUCGGAUGAAGAAGUAGCUCCCUAUCAUGUCCGUCAAUCCCACAAUGUUACUUUUGGCCAAAGUAGAAACCGUAGACUUUCAUCUAACCGUCGCUCUUUGUCAACAUUUCAAGCCUCCCCUUCUAUUGAGCAUCCACUCCCGAACCCUAGCCAAAUUCUUCCAUACCAGCCUUCUUCAUCUCUGAAUCCUCCUCUUAUCCCUAAUCCUUCUCCCACUACUUCAAAACAGUGUCCCGUGUAUCCUUCCUCUUCAUCUAAGCUCUCUCCUCUUUCAACUAAUCACCAAUCUUCGUCGCCAGCUUCACCAAAUCCGAUGAUCCUUCCUGAUACGGAGUGUAUACUUCCAAGUAUAAUCCCUGCUUCUGAGUUUACAAACCCUAGUACAAUUGACGCUUCACCUAUCCCUACUCCUUUGUCAAUACCAUCCUUGGCCUGUACUUCUGACUUGCAAAUUACUCACUCAUCGAUUCUGCCUAUAACAUCACCUCAACUCAUUGUCAAUUCCCCCAAAAAAUCCGAUUAG